AUGCUACUUCGCGUCAGGUCCCCCGAUGGAAACUUUCGUUUCGAUUUUGCACCCACGGCAGAUGUUUCCGAAUUAUUAGCCAAAGUGAUAGAAACGGCUCCCGAUGCAGACCCGACGAGCUUUACGAUGUCCAACCAACCCAGAGGGAACGAAGCUCCAUUUUCCUCGUUGACUGGGAGAUCAUUGCAAGCCCUCGGUCUCGGUCAUGCCGAUUUAAUAUUCGUGGGCUACAAACGCCGGACAGCGACCGCGUCUACCUCGUCAAUUACCACCCAGCCUCAAACAACGACGGAGACAGCCACAAGAGUUUGGGAAAAUGUAACCGAGGAGCCCGUUGAUGUCUAUUGGCGUGCCCGGGAUGGGAAGAUACCCCGGAGUCGCGAUUCACGCUUUUGCACCCAUGCCGCCAAAGGAAUGUGCGACUACUGCAUGCCUCUUGAACCCUUCGACACUGGCUAUCACAAAGAACACGCGAUAAAGCACCUCUCAUACCACGCCUAUCUCAAGAAAAUCUCUCCCAAAUCAACCACCUCUGCUACCUCAAAUCUUCCCCCGCUAGAGCCACUCUCCUACAAGGUCAAGGUCCCGUGCCCAAGCGGCCACCCUUCAUGGCCAGCCGGUAUUUGCACCGCAUGUCAGCCCUCUGCCAUAACUCUCCAGUCGCAGCCUUUCCGUAUGGUAGAUCAUGUUGAAAUCGCUUCACAUGAGACCGUUGAACGCUUCCUGCGUGUUUGGCGAGAAACAGGUUCACAGCGGUUCGGAUGGCUCAUCGGCCACUAUGAGCCGUACGAUGUCGUUCCAAUGGGCAUCAAAGCCGUUGUGGAGGCUAUAUAUGAGCCUCCGCAAGAGGGAGAACUCGAUGGACUUACGCUUGGUCUGCCCUGGGAAGAAGAACAACGUAUUAGAUCCCUUUCUGCCGCUGCAUCUACCCCUUUGACCGUUGUGGGCUAUAUCUUCACUGACCUCACUGUAUCAGAGGAAGACAGGACCAAGACGAUCUAUAAACGCCACCCAGGCUCUUUCUACAUGUCCUCUUUGGAAGCUAUCUUUGCUGCGACCCUCCAAAAAGCGAAUCCCACCACUUCGAAAUCAUCCCCAAUAGGACAGUUUGGUUCAAGGCUCGUGACGCUGAUAGUAACGGCCAAUAAGGACGGUGACGCGGACCUCGCAGCAUAUCAAGUCUCUGAACAAGCGUGUGCGAUGGUGGAGGCAGACAUGAUUGAAGCCAGCGUUGAUCCUGGAAUUGUUCGGGUGAAAGACGAAGACCGAUCCCAGGAGUCGGCACGGUACAUUCCGGACGUUUUCUUCACGUACAAGAACGAAUAUGGCCUGGAAGUAAAGAAAACCGCCAAACCUGCAUUCCCAGUCGAGUACCUCAUGGUCAAUGUCACUCAUGGAUUUCCCUCAAAUCCUUCUCCAUUAUUCAACUCGACGAAAUAUGCGAUUGAGAAUCGACCUGGCCUGGAGAACCAGACCAUUGAAAGCGUCAUGAAUAACUUGGCCAACUUGGAUGCGCCGAAUAUCCAUGACAGUCGGACUGCACGACCAGGAGAAGCCCACAAACGGCGGGAACUUGCAACAUGGCUGAGCGACUGGCAUCUUGUCGCCUUCCUCGAUACCACACAGCUGUUUUCACCCGACGAUGUGAAGCUGAUGAUGCGGAUUGUCUCUUCUCCUAAUCUAUUAGACGAUCUCAGCCAACUGGACCCGCUCCUGGCCACCGAAGGCUGGACGAAUUUGAUGGCGUUUACCCAAACCACUGCAGCCGCCAGCAGUGUCAGCAAUACCAACGCUAUGGACGACAUCCCACAGGAUGUUCUCGACCAAAUUGCUGCUCAAGAAGCUGCUGACAGAGCAAGUGGCGGGGGAGCAAGUUCCAGCGGUGGUAUUCGAAUCUGUCCACAUUGCACAUUCGAGAAUUCGCCUGGUGGCUCAGAUUGUGAAGUCUGCGGUCUCCCACUGGCAUCAUGA